AUGUCAGUAGUAAUUUCGAAGAGUAAAAUCGUUCAAGUGUGUAAUGUAUCAACUUCAUGUCAAAAAGAUCAAUUAAAAUCGCUGUUUAACUUUAUUGGGACGGUCAAAGAAAUUCAACUAUAUCCAGAAAGCGACACUUUAACAGCUUCGAUCAAUGGUAAAGUUGGCUACAUAAAAUUCGAUCAUCUUGAUAGUGUUCAUGGAGCAUUAAAUAUGACAAAUAUCAUAUUUAUUGAUAAGCCAUUAAUUGUAACUCAAGUAUUCAUUAAUGAAAUACCUCAUGAAACUGAUGCUAUGAUUUAUUGUGCACCACUAGAUCCAAAUAUAAGACUACUUAGUGGCGGUCCAACAUGGCCAAGUACAGUUAUCAAUCGAUUGGUUGGUCAACCACCAAAUGCUAUUAUUGAAACAAUUGAUCCUGAAUUAAGUGAUCGAUAUUUACCACCAUAUCCACCAUUACAAGGAAUACUUGAUAUUUCAAAAGUUGAAGAAAUUCGACGAACAGUUUACUUAUCUAAUUUAGAUAAAGAUAUUAGUUUGGAAGUGUUACAUGAAUUUAUUUCACAAAUUGGUGAAAUUCGAUAUAUUCGUGCUGCAUAUACUGACGAAAAUGCUGAAACGCGGAGUGCUUAUGUGGAAUUUAGUGAACAACCAUCGAUUCCUAAAGUACUUUCCAUUAAUGGCUUUCAAUUUUUUAAUCGACCAUUAUUUGUAAAUCAUACAAGCACACAUAUCAUCAAACCAGCGAUUGUACGAGAUGUACGAAGUGAUGAUGAAGAGACGAAAUUGAAUCAAUCACACUCUCGAAGUACAUCGCGGCGUCAAGAUAACGGAACACAAGAUGAAAGUGAUGAUGGCCAUCAUUCAUCAUCGAAAUCAAAAUCUCGUAAGAAGUCUUCUAAAGCGAAACAUUCAUCGAAUUCUCGAUCAAAAUCAAGAAAACAUAGUCGAUCACGUGAUCGAAAAAAUCGUUCACGAUCCAAUGAUCAUUAUCGACGAAACAAACAUUAA